UGUUACACGCACACACAUCUGUUGUGGCCGUGAUGCACACUGCAAGAUGCGAUGGUUCGGUUAUCUUGACUUUGUCAGGCGGGGGUGUGGUCGGCCUCGCUAACUCGCCCGGGGCCGUCGGCUGGCCAGGGGUGAGGGGCAGCACCGAAGGCCGGCAGAGACCCCGGCCCGGGGCCAAACAGAGGCACCGCGCGCGCGGAACAGUGACGUCUCCAGGUUUUGUAAGCCAUGGGAAAGGUCCACCCGCCUCCGACACACACGCCGGGCCCCUCGACAACCGGGGAGAAGGUCCCGCGUCGUCACUGAGCGACGAGUCCGCCUGCCUGCCUCUCCUCUCGUGGGGCGUAUAAGAGGGGUCUUGGGGACAGCUCCGGCUGCUUCUUGGCGCUUCCUCGCGACCACCUCUCCUCCCAAGUCUGCUCGGUCUUUCUUGCUCGCCCUCGUCACUUACUUCUAUACUCGCUGCAAUCUGAACCAUAUUCUGCUCAUCAUGGCUUCUAACCCGCCCGGAGCUUGCUGCAUUGUCGGCGUCAAGCACGAAGGAACCCCCACUGGCUCCAUCAUCAAGAUUGGCAACCGCGAUGCAUACCUUGCCGUGCCUGAGGAGUCCAAGGCCCAGGCCGGCGCCGCGGUCCUCUACCUCGCCGACAUCUUCGGCAUCUGGCAGAACAGCAAGCUGGUGGCUGACCAGUACGCUGCCAAUGGCUACCUCUGUGUCAUUCCCGAUCUCUUCAAUGGUGACCAGCUCACCACCGAAGCCAUGGGCGCCCCCGGCUUCGACAUCAUGAAGUGGUUGGGUGAGGGGUCUGACGGCAAGAACCCUCACACUCCUGAGGCUGUCGACCCCAUCGUCGUCGAAGCCAUCAACUGGCUCAAGUCCGAGAAGGGCGUCACCAAGAUCGCCUCGGCCGGCUACUGCUUUGGUGCCAAGCCACUCGCCCGCCACGUCAAGGACGGCAUCAACGUCGGCUUCUUUGCCCACCCCUCGUUCGUCUCCGAGGACGAGCUCAAGGCCUUCAACGUGCCCCUCUCCAUCGCCGCCGCCGAGAUCGACAACAUCUUCACCACAGAGCUACGCCACAAGUCCGAGAUCAUCCUCAAGGAGAAGGGCGACCCUUACCAGAUCAACCUCUACUCCGAGGUUGAGCACGGCUUCGCCGUCCGCGCCGAGCUCAGCAGCAAGCAGGCCCGUUUCGCCAAGGAGCAGGCCUUUAUCCAGGCCGUCACCUGGUUCAACACUUGGUUGUAGACGCAGCAUGACGAUUUUUUUUAGUCUCCUGAUAGUUCCAAGGCAAUUACCCCAGUGAAUACAAAGAAAUCUGUGAAAGAAGAUGGGAUUGCAGAAUGUGAAUUGAAGGUGGGGUUACUCGCUUUCGUACCAAACCGGGGCAAAGUGAACGACCAAGUUGGAAGAACUGCACUGCGCCUGCUCUUUCUGAUUCCACGGUCUUCAUUGAUGCGCAAGGGAAGAUUUUCGUGCGUGUCCCAGGCUGUCCAAUUUGACUGAAAAUGCUGCAUGUCCGCUGUAGAUACCGAUCGCUUAAUCAUGCGCUCGUCACAUUCCAAUAGCAUUUCUGUCCUUACACAAU